GCAGUGAGUUGCUGCUGCCUGCAGCACGUUUCAGUCAAUAUCUGAAAGCUCUACUUCUUCUCCCUUCUGUUGUCCCCUUUCUCCUGCUUCUUCAUACUAGCAACGUCUUCUUCGAUCACUUUUAGGUCCACGCGGGCUCCUAUAUUAGGAUCUGGGGUUGCUGCUAGAUCGCAAUCUGCCUUGCUCCAGUUCUUUACAUCACUCUCACAGUUCAGAGGUACACGUCGAGUUCAAGUUCAUUCACCCAGAAAUCUGGAGAUUGCCGAAUUCCACGAUGCCUGUCACAACGAGACCCUCCCCUUCCGAGGUAGGAAAGAAUCGGGACCCAGAGAUCGCAAUCGAAGCAGAUGAUGAUACGACAGUUCUCGAGGCCGUUACUCGCCGCUGCCGUAGCUCUUACGAGGGAGACCCACGGCACCCGCCCGCCCCGAGAAUGCGGAUUAGAACAGACCCCUCUCCUUUUCGUGGACUGCCAAUUAUAGCGUCCUCCAUUGCUCCUGAGAAUUCGAUGAACUCGGAAUCUCCCAAGAACAGCGUAUCAAUCUACGACAAUGGAUUUGUUAACGGGCUUAUCCGCGCCUUCAACCAGGAUCUUCAUCUCAUCAUCCGACCUGAUGAUGUCUGGCAGGCCAUCCUCUCCCAAUUUAGCCUUUUCGUGAACGGGAAUGUCGAACGCCUAAGGCACCUUUUCGUCGCCCACAAAGGAAAAAAAGCGUUGGAAAUCGACAUUCGUCCCAUGAGUUUCUCCCGCAUCGACUUCGGCAUGCUGGCUAAGAUUUUUGCUGCAAUGAUUCAGCAUAACGUUGUUGAUCCUGAACUGCGUAAGUGGAUGAUACCGGAGUUUACCACUACAACACAGCACGACAAGACCGUGGCAGCGUUCUCCAUGAUGGGGACAAUGAAAGGAUACUUCAAAUACGAGCUAAGGGGUGGAUGUGGUCUGCCGAGCGUAACUCUACUGGGAUCUAGACACGAUUGGGAGAUGCUUGCAAGCCAAGUCAACAAGUUGUAUGAUUAUGGCGAAGAGUGUGCGCACUGGGCCAAUCUGCUACAACCGAUCAUGCGUUACAUGCUAAGGACUUUUGAUGAGCCAGAUUCACAGAAGGUCAAGGAUUUCUGGCUUCGUGUUGCAUACCAAGCGGGCAAGGAGGGCUCUGGUAUCGGCAUCCGCACACUAUCCGGUUGGAUCACAGCAUUCACGUAUUUUGAUGAGAAUGGAAAGGUUGCAAGGCAUUAUACAGAGGAGGACAUACAUAAAAUCGAUGAAAAGUCCGAUGCGAGGAUUCGCUCAUGGGGGGGAACAAACAUCCAAGAAUACGUGGGAUUGGAACGCAAACGGCUAACACUAGAUGGAGUGUCGUACCCACUAAUCCGCCCCGGACAGAUCCCAGGGGGUAUUAUUCUGUUCCCUAUGACGUUGACCGACGAGGAGACGAAUCAGAAAAGAUACGCCACGGUCGUAUCUGGUACUAUUGGCAUGUCUAUCUCCGAGCAUGGAACAACAGCCCAGCCAGUUUCGGCAUGGUGGGUUGUGCGGAAAUUCCAGGAGCCCAUGUAAUCUUUACCAGCCACAGAGGCUGAGAAUGGGAGUCUAUCACUGAGAGAAUCAUCCAACACCUAGUCGUGUUCCGUGGAUAUUAUAGAUGAUGAUGAAGAAGUGGAGCAAGUUAAUGAGAAUUAUGGUGACGAAACUCUUCCGUACAUGAAGCCUUCGAUAGUUGGGGUAGCAGUGCUGAGCAGGAUGAGUUGACUGUACACGGGAAGAGGCUAAACACGUUGAAAUGG